CUCAAUUUUGCCACAUCACUGAUCCCGCAUCAUGUAUAUAUUGGGUUGAACAAACGUGCAGAGAAUCUAUAGUGCAGAAUAUGAUGCGCAUGUCAUAGGCAAACAAGACUAAAAAUAGUUACAACAAAAUGGAAUUGCUCAUUAAGAUUCUCUCUGCGCUAAUAAUAUUGUUCUCCGGAGGACCCAUACUUGAAGUUAGGCCCGUGGCAGUGACGGCUCUCCCACUCCGCACGGAUUCUCGAUGGAUCGUGGGCCAAGAUGGCCGAAGGGUAAAGCUGGCCUGUGUGAAUUGGGUUUCCCACGUGGAAGCUGUGGUGGCAGAAGGGCUCAGCAAAAAGCCCGUCGAUGACAUUUCCAAGGGAAUAAAGUCCAUGGGCUUCAACUGUGUCAGGCUCACUUGGCCCAUAGUUUUGGUGACAAACGACUCUCUGGCUUCUCUCACCGUUAGACGCUCCUUUCAGAACCUCGGCCUCCUUGAAUCCAUCGCCGGUGUCCAAACCAACAACCCUUCCAUCAUUGACCUUCCGCUCAUCCAAGCUUUUCAGGCAGUGGUGAAAAGUCUUGGAGAUAACGAUGUGAUGGUGAUAUUGGACAACCACGUAACGCAACCAGGGUGGUGUUGCAGUAAUUCUGACGGGAAUGGGUUUUUCGGUGACAAAUUUUUUGACCCAAAUUUGUGGUUAUCGGGUCUGACCAAGAUGGCCACACUUUUCAAUGGGGUCAGUAAUGUGGUGGGUAUGAGCUUGAGGAACGAGCUGCGAGGACCCAAACAGAAUGUGGACGAUUGGUACAAGUAA